UCUCGGACUGGCCCUUGAACAAACAUGUAGGUUCCCAGAGUGUGCUGGGGACACAGACACAGGGACAGAGACACAGACAGAGGCACCGCACAGAGACAAGCAGCAUGGCACAGGGUUUCGGCCACAGCUUCUCCCCUGAAGGUCAGCCAGGCAGACCCAGAGAAGUACUGGUCAAGUCAGCAUCAGCUUAUGCAGAUAUCCAGUGGGAACAGCCAAGGCAGGAUGGUCGUCAAGACCCUUAUGGUUACAGAGAGCCGCUCCCGGUGGCAAGCUACGCCCCUCAGCCAGAUUACAUGGAGGGGGACGAUGAUCUCAUCAAGCCUAAAAAGCUCCCUAAUCCAGUGAAAGCCUCAAAAAGCCACCAGGACCUGCAUCGGGAGCUGCUCAUGAACCAUAAACGGGGUGUAGAGAAUAAGCCAGAGCUACAACGGGUUCUGGAGCAAAGAAAAAGAGAACAGAUGAUAAAGCAGAGGAAACAGGAGGAGGAGGCUAGGAGGAAGAUCUCUCCCCUGGAGCAGGAGCUCCUCAAAAGACACAAAAAGCUGGAGGAGCUGGAGAGGGAACAGCAGCAGCAGGCAGAUGGUGUUCAGAAUGCCCCAGAGUUCAUAAAGGUCAAAGAGAACUUGAGGAGAACAUCUUUCCUGAACUCUGGGGAGAAGGAGGUGUAAAAACUAAUGCAGAUCACUCAGCCUUAGAGUUUUUACCUCCUGGGAUUUGUACAUGUGUGUUCUAUGUGUGUAAAUGGACACCAUUUCUCUAUCAAGCUGAUAGAGACAGGCUGUGCAGCUCUGCUCUCUCUCUCUCUCUCUUCUCUCUCUAUCUCUAUCUCCUGUGACACCUACAAAUGCUGACAGUCUGGAUGUGACAAAACACCUUCCCCAUCACACCAGAGAACAGUGUAAAGAUGGCAGAGGCAAAUGGCAGGUGCAGAUCCUCUGUGGCAUCUCAGAGUGACAAACAGAGUGCUGCUUAAAGUACUCAGGCAGAUAGAGAGCAGGAAUGUGUCCGCUGUGGUAUUUCUAAAGGUGGUCGUUGAUUGACAGAGUCGAUCCUCCAAUCCUGAGAGUUGUAAUAAUCUCCCUGUUUGGAGUACAUGCAUGGAUAAUCUUUGCCCUGUACAUGGUUGCAUAAUCUUUUACCCUGGUGUCAAAGCUGAAUGGUGUUAAAAGGUGAUCAACAUGGGGAGGAUCAACAGAGCGUCCAAAAAGAGGUCAAAGGUCUCGAACCUAGUAAGGGGUCAUUUCAGUGCUGUGACUGUCAUUUCCCUGUAAUGCCCGGAUCACACCUUUGGGUAUCUGUUUAGAGAAAUCACAGGGCGUUAUCAGUAUUACUGAGCAAUUCAAGCUGCAACUCUUCCAGUUUCCAAAUGCCAAAUGUCCAACCAGCCCCUACCACAGUGGAAUCAGUUCCAUAUUUUUUUGUUAUAUAUAUGUAUAUGUGAUCAGCACAAGUCACUUUUGGUCAAAAAUAAUUAUAACUAUUUGUUACAAACCUUAAAUCUGUUAAAAAAGAAAAAAAAAACUAAUGUCUAAUGUCUGUCAACUGUGUCCUCGUUAAUCUCUUGUUUCGAUUGAUUACUUUGCCACUGUAAUGCUUUCACCACUGAAACCGGGUCACUCUAAGGAUGAGUCGAGCUCCAUGCCUUUCAGUGCCUUUAUAGAGCUACAGUGAAUGUCAUACAGUAACAGUCAGUACUAUCAUCUCUGCACUUACAAUCAAAUAUUUCAGGCUUUAGAAAACCAUGAAACAUGUUCUUGAUAAUUACAUGCAUUCAUUCAGUAUUGUGUGUAUAUGUAAGGCUGCAUGUGUGUAUGUGCGACCACACGUGAGUGUAUUUGUGUCUAUGUUGUGUGUGUGUGUGUGUGUGUGUGUGUGUGUGUGUGUGUGAUUGUGUAUAUUUAAUCACUCAGAUACACUUUACAAUAGACAAACUUCAGAGAAAAAAGAUUCAGCCGCACUUUAGAAACUGAAUUAAUCAGAAGCGAUGACAUCUACCUAACUAUUCUACAACAAUCAUUUGUGUUUAAACCUUGACCAAUUGUCUUGAUUGUCUCAUUGUAAUUGAGCUGUAUAAUUUGAAAGCACUAGAAAUAUUCUCAUUAGAAAACUGUAUAUUAGUUUUGUUUUGUGUGCUUUAAGCACAACAUGUGGUUUGAAGAGCACAUUGUUCUUACCAUUGCUUUCUCCAUCAGCCAUUUAAGAGAUGUUGCUCUGCAUCACUGACUGUACACACUGUUCAUACAUUGUCAUUCUCCUCUGGUUUGUUCCAGAAUUUUGAUGUUACCAAUAAAUAUAAAAAUACACUUAACAUUACUUUUUUUUUUUUUCAAACUGUACAUGCUGUUUCUGUAGCUAAGACACAAUGAUUGUUAUAACAAAGAGACAGAAAAUAUUAAACAGUGUUUUUUGCAAAUGAAAUCAAUGGAAAGCAAAGAGAUAAAAAAGUUGUUUUACUUUACGAGAAAAAAAACAAUAAAAGACUAAUACUG